AUGGGUUAUGAAGCAAAUAGUAUAAUAUCACCUGAAGAUAACAUUCCAAUUUAUUUUCUUCGAAAAACAUAUGAUGAUUUAAGUUGGAAUGGUUUCGUAGAAAGUGUACAAUCGUUCAUUAAUGCGGUUGAUUGGUCACAACCUUGGCUAUGGACGUUAUUAGGUUUUCACGUUAUAACACUAUUCACCAUAUUUAAAUUACGAAAUAAUACAACCUCUUUAGCGGUAAUAACAUUUGGUUCAAUGUUAUUUGUCGGUUUAGCUAAACCCAUAAAUACUUUAGCACACGAUAAUUGGCAAAAAUUUUCCAUAGAUAAUUAUUUUGAUAAAAGUGGUUUUUUCAUUUCGAUGGUAUUCUCUUUUCCGCUAUUAUGUAAUUCUAUGUUUGGUAUAGUAUUGAUACUAAAUGAAGUGUUACAUUUAUUGAGAAAAGUUAAAAUUGCACAAAUUAAACAUCAAAGAGCUAAAGUUAGUUUAUUGGAAGAAAAAAGAAAAGAAAAACAAGAUGAUAAGAAACUUAAAAAUAAGUAA